UUGGAGCAUAGCUUAAGCGUAAGCUUAGAACUAAAGAAGAAAACCUUAUGAAGCAAUUUUUUUUAUAGUUUAACCUUUAAAAUUAAACUGUAAACUUGUAAGUUGUAUACCUUAAAUUUAAAAUAACACUAUUAUAUUAACAGUAACGACACGGACUUGUGAUAAUUAGGGAAACACUAACAGUGCAUCUUGUGUGACUGCCAGUCACUGAAGAAGUCAUGUCUGAUCAAGAUAUUAGCAACAACCCUUUUGUAAGUUUAUUCCCUUCCUUGAAUGAAGCCAAACAGUUCAGAAAUAGUACUAGUAAUUUUUUACCAGCUGACAUUGGACUUAAUGACAGAAGCUCAUCUCUCAGUGAAAAACAGCUUUCUAAAGAAGAAGUUUUGCAUCAUAAAAAUGAACAUAAUGAUCAAGUUGGACAACUACACGAGUACAGUGAAGCUAGUGAAGAUUACAGUGUUAAGGAGAUAGUUAAGAAAAUUGAACUGAGUUACAUCCUUGAAGAAAUAUUUCGGAUUACUUUAGACAGAGGAUUAUCUACAGAUCCAAAACGACCUACACAUUGUGUUUAUCUUGAAGAACUUCAUAAUGUUGUCGCUGAUCAGAACUGGCUAGAUCUUGACAAUAUGCCACAGGCAGUCUUUGAAAGGCUGAUGUUAAACGAUCCAGCUAAAAGUAUUGUAAGUACCCGAGGAGGAGUUUCUGACAGGAUUGCUGAAGAAGAGGCAGGUAUCAAGGAUGUUCUGUUGUAUCUCUAUUUGUGCUACCAUAGGCUGUUCAUAUCAAAAAAGAAACUUGAGGAUAAUAUUUACAAGCAACUGAAUCAAGUUAUACUAUCACAAAGUGCCACCAGUCUUUGUCAUUCUGAAAUCUAUCCACAUGCUAAGUGUUCCAAAGAGCUUAUUGAAUUGAUCCAAGACUAUAGUGCAAAACCAGGACAUAUGGAAACACUGAAUCAGUAUAUAACUAGUUUAGCAAGUUAUGUAAGUGAGCAAAAUAAAUCUGGUGAAGAAGAUAUGACACUUCUGGAUGCCUUUUCUGGUUCGUUUGAAACCCUUAGAAGAUGUUUUUUAAACAUGUCUCUAGUGGAUAGAAAUCUCUUUAUCUGCAUUGAUACACUCCGGUAUUUUGCUUGUUCCACAGACCUAGCAGAGGCUCUGCUUGAUUUCAGCCUUCCACGAAACAACACUAGUGCUCAAGCCUAUCAGUUUUCAUUGCUUGGUGCUCCUCUUGCAAUAUCAUGCCUUCCUCGUAUGGAAUCAGAACAGUAUGAAUUCUUUGAGCAUCCAUCUCGUACCACUCAGCAAGAACAUAAAAUCACAGAACAGAACAUAUGGAUGCCCUUGAGAUCUGUGACCACUCAAAUGCACCAAAUCUUUUAUCUGUUAUUAAGAAGCUCACCAGAAGUUAGGCAUAAAACUAUGAAAUGGAUUGGAGACUGCCUACAUGCCAACAGUGAGCGGAGUAAGCUAUGGAAUUUUCACUUUGAGGAAGUAUUUGGCUCUGUGCAGGCCUCUGAUGGUUUCAUGCUUAACUUUGGAAGUGUUUUACUUCGAUUGUGUAAACCUUUUUCUUUACCUGAUUCUCCAAAGAUACUUAAAGUUAAUCCCACUUACUGUGCUGCUGAAGCUAGUGGAGAUGGAGAAGCAAAAAAUAAAAACUUGCACUUGAGAGACCUAAGUAAGGAAACGUUUCUGGUUCCAUCUUCUGAAAAUCAAGCCGUUCUUGUGAAGUGUGAUAGUUUCAAUUUCUCCACUGAAGUUUUUUAUGCCACACAUUGUGCUAUAGACCUGGGUUUUAAAGUUGUUCAUGAAAGACUGGUAAAGUUAAAUCAGCAUCUUGCUCAAAUACAGGGAUUUUAUGAAGAUGCUCGUCUUCAGGGAGGUAAUUCGUCUGAUGCUGUGCAGAGGUUACAAGAAAAAAUGGAGAGAGGAAUGAUGAAGUUUUUGUCUCUAAAGGCAGCUUUAUUAGAGCCUGAGACAUUGUCCCUAAUGCUACAGUUUCACUUGACUACUGCAGCCUGGCUCUGUCAAGUUGGAGUAUAUGAAAACUCAACAGAGCUAGAACCACUGACAUUUCCUCUUCCAUCCUCUGUUCCAGAAGCUCUCAAAUGUAUUCCAGAAUUUGUCAUUCAUAAUGUGACAGAUUGCACAAUUUUCAUAAAAAGAUUCAGCCCAACAAGCUUUGAGGAAGUCGGUCCUAUGUUAGGUCACUUGCUUAAUUUAGUUUUGGUGUUUAUGGGUUCACCAGAAAGGAUUAAUAACCCCCAUUUACGAGCAAAACUGGCUGAAAUUUUAGAAGCAUUGAUGCCACCUAGAGACCAAGAACGAUAUGAAGGGCUCUUAGUGAGUUGCACUCAAAGAGAAAAAAUGUUUAAAGAAUUUCCAAACAUUAUUCAUCUGGUUCCUACUUUGCUUCAUGUAUUCAUCAGCAUUGAGAUGACAGGACAUAAUGUUGCCUUUGAGGAGAAAUUUCAGUAUCGCCGACCCAUGUACAUUGUUCUGUACUAUCUGUGGAAGAUAGAAGUGCACAAGGAGAAGAUUAAGCAGUUAGCAAUAGAAGCUGAAGAAAAAGUUGAAAAUGCAGACGUUCCUCUGUUCCUUCGCUUCAUAAAUCUCCUCAUUAAUGAUGCUAUCUUUCUCUUAGAUGAAGCUCUUUCAUUAAUGGCUAAAAUCAAAGAACUGCAGAUAAAACGAGACAGUGGAGAGUGGAAUUCUCUUCCAACUAGAUAUCGACAGCAGAAUGAGGAAAACUUCCACCACCUUGGCCUGUUGGCUAGGUUUCAUAAUGUUAUGAGCAAUGAAACUAUCUACACCCUGAAAUGGUUGACAUCUGAAAUUACCUCUAUUUUUUGUCAUCCUUCUAUGGUUCAUCGCAUUGCCUCUAUGCUGAAUUACUUCCUGUUACACUUGGUUGGACCAAAGAAAAAAAACUUGAAAGUCAAAGAUCUAGGAGAAUAUGAUUUCAAACCUCAUCAGCUGGUCCAAGAUAUCUGUGAAAUUUACCUCCAUUUGGGUGCAACAAUAGGACCUACAUCUCGAGCAUUUUGUCUAGCUGUGAUACAAGAUGGUAGAUCUUAUUCCACAAGCCUGUUUCCUCAAGCUCAAGUUGUACUACAUAAAAUUGGAAAAUCAAUUUUGGCUACUGAUUUGGAGCAGUUGCAUGAAGCCAUACAGAAACUUGCUGUGGACCAGAAAAGAGACGAUGAAGCAACAGCAGAUGCACCUGAAGAAUUCUUGGAUCCAAUCAUGAACACUUUGAUGGAAGAUCCUGUAAUACUUCCCUCCUCCAGAGUUAGAGUAGAUAGAUCAACAAUUGCUCGGCACUUGUUAAGUGACCAAUCCGAUCCUUUUAAUCGCAGUCCCCUAUCAAUGGAUAUGGUAAUACCGGACCCUGAACUGAAGCAGAAAAUUCAAGAAUGGUUAGAGAAACAGAGAAGAGUUUCUUCCUGAAAUAAUUAGGGAAUAAUAGCUAAUUGUUACCUGUGUUUGAAUUGUACAGAAAUUGUUUUAUAAUUAUUAAUGAUUACGAUAUGCAGCAUAAAUAAAAAAUUGAAGCAGUUUUUUUGUGUA